CUCUGCCGGUGUGCAUCAAUCAUACUAUUGUCGUGGCGACACCAAGGCAUACGAUGAGUGGAGCUGGCCGCAAGAGCGGGUACCGCAAAGGAGUGACCCAAGACGUCCUGUAUGGAGAACCUGUGCCUGAGGCAGGUGAGCUCAUCGUGCAGGUCCAAGCAAUGCGCGGAAGCAAUUUGUUCGAGAUUGUGACGAGCGACGGCGAAACUGGCGUUGCCAUGCUGCCCACAAAAUACCGAAAGCUCAUUUGGAUCCGCCGAGGGGACUUUUUGAUCGUGGCGGCAGCCCACGGAGCACACAAAGGCGCGGUGAACUACUCUGUCGAGCACAUUUUGUACAAAGAUCAGAUCAAGCACCUGAAGAAAGAAAAUCUGUGGCCCGAAUCGUUCAAUGUUGACGAGUCAAUGUUGGACUCGAAGGCAGGAGCGGGUGACGACGGCACCGCGGCAUCCGCUCUGGGCAACCUAACGCUUGAGAAAGAAGCCAAGCGAUCAGAUGGAUUGGACGUCGACAACGACCCGCUGCUGUUCGUCAAUCGUAACCGAGUUGGAGGGCGGUACAUUGAAGAAGACGACGACGACAGCGACGAAGAUUAAGCGCGAAUCUCGUCGUGGGCAUUUGGCUCCCCAAGGCAGCGCAAUGGCUCAGCUCGACUGGCCAUGCAGUUUAUAAAUUCCACUAAUGCAGUUGAACGUUGUAGACCGU